UUUCACAAAGCAGAGCCCCUCUGAGCUAAAAUAUGUUUCCACGCUGCCUGAUUCUGCUUUUUCUCUUUGGAAAUGUCGCCAAAGCAAACAUGUCAUUUCAUCUCCUGCUCAGCUUGCAGACUUUAAUCUGGAGCUUCCUUCAUGCACUGCAGCUAAAGGAACAACAACAACGGAGGCACCUAACGUGACUACAACUACUUACAGUGCUAAGAAUGGCAACAACACAACCAUAAAUCUCUUAACAGAAUCAAAAAGUACUGUAGCUUUGGACAUUACCACAGUAAAAACAUUAGAGACAUCAUCAGUUCCUCCUAAGAUAACCACAGCGUAUUCAGUUAACAGGAACAAUACUGAGAACAUCACCACAGGAAGCCUAAGCAACUCUCCUACAGCCUUCACCACUGGAGGAACCACAUUGGCAGAGAAGAGCAGUUCACCUUCUACAACUGCUGCACCUACUCCAAUCGACAGCACACAAAUUAGCACAUUGAUGCCAACCACUGAUAACACUUCAACAGAUAUACCAAUUACCCUAACAAGCAAAAAUAUGGCUACCGCUGCUUCAGUCACCCCAACAACAAAUAAAACAGAUGUUACCAUCACAGCUUCAAGCAACAAUCCAACUACAGUUUUCAGUCCAACAAACAACGAUGCAGCGUACAGUGAUACCACUGAAAGUGCCUCAAUCACCCUAACCACCGAAAAUUUGACGCAAUAUCCAUCUACUCAAACAAACAAUGACACAACUACAAAUAUUCCAAUCAUGUCUACAAGCAACUACGGAACUUCACUAGCUUCAGUCACUCCGAUGAGCAACAAUAUGACUACACUGGCUGGCAGCACUGAAACUACAGCAGCUUCGACAACACCUACGAGCAAUGUUAUGACUACAGAUGCAUCAAUCACUACAUCAAGUAAUACAACAACUGCAGAUAUUUUAAUCACGCCAACGGUCAACAAUGAAACUACAACUGAUUUGACCACACCAACAAGCAACAACAAAACUACAGUGGAUCCAAUCACACCAACAAGCAACAAUGAAACCACAAUCGAUCCAAUCACACCAACAAGCAAUAAAAUUACUACAAUUUCAAUAACUCAGACAAGCAAUAAUGAAACUACAACAGAUCCAAUCAUACCAACAAGUAACAAUGAAACUACAGCUACUCCAAUCACCCCUACAAGCAACAACAAAACAACAGCGAUUCCAAUCAGACCCACAAGCAACAAUGAAACAACAACAAUUCCAAUCACUCAGACAAGCAACAAUGAAACAACAACAAUUCCAAUCACUCAGACAAGCAACAAUGGCACUACAACAGAUCCAAUCAUACCAACAAGUUACAACGAAACAACAGCGAUUCCAAUCACACCCACUAGCAACAAUGAAACAACAACAAUUCCAAUCACUCAGACAAGCAACAAUGAAACAACAACAAUUCCAAUCACUCAGACAAGCAACAAUGGCACUACAACAGAUCCAAUCAUACCAACAAGUUACAACAAAACAACAGUUCCGAUCACACCAACUAACAACAACAACUCAACUGUUCCAAUCAACCCGACAAUCAAUAGCAUGACUACAAAUGGGUCGAUUGUACCAACAGACAACUAUACAACCAUGUCUGUGACACUUACACCGCUAGGCAAUGACACAACGAUCACAACAACAAACAACUACACCACUUAUAAUGUGCCAAUUACAACUCCAACUGCUGAAAAAACUACAAGCGCACCUGUUACAUUCACCAACAAUGUCACAACAACAGCUACAAGUGACAAUGUUACUCUUAGUCCACAAAGCACAUCCACCAGUGUAACUAUGGUUACCUCAAACAACGAUACAAUCACUUCAACAACCACAGAGAUGGGAAACAACUCAACUUUUACUAGCACCACUCCACAGACCAACAACAUGACAACAACUAUAAGUUUGGUUACAUCAGAUCAAACUCUUACCACACAUACAAGCUCUGUUGGAGCUUCUGAGAGUCCUACAUCAACUGUCAAUCCAUCCUCUUCACUCACCUCAAGCCCUCAGCCAUCCAGCACCAUCCCAGGCAUGAGCAACUCUACCACUGGUGGCAAUACAACCAACAGUCCUUCAACAGUACACUCAGCAGUUACCAACAACACUAUGGAUCAAACCACCACUAUAAGUUCUAUAAUCACAAAUUCAACCAUGAACACCAUUCCCACCCUGGACACCAACACCACCACCAGUGGAGCCACAGAGGUUGUCACCACCCUUCUCACAACAGGAAGAACCAGCAGCAGCCUCUCCACAGAGGUUCCGCUCACGCUGAUCCCUGUUAUUGAUUGUUCCUCCACCAAAUGUCCUGCUAAAAGCAUCUGCCUCAAUGGCACCUGCCAAUGUCUCACUGGCAACUUUCUACAUAAUGGACAAUGUGUUCCAGCCCAAAUAUUCCCAGGAAGGCUUCAUAUCCUGUCUCUAACAUUUGAGAAUCAAAUGAGCAACAGGUCAUCCAACAUCUUUCAUAGGACAGCAGCAAAUAUCUCAGCAGAGCUCAGAAAUCUCCUAAGAAAUGAGCCUGGAUAUAGAGGAUCAGAAGUUGUUCGGCUAGAACCUGGAAGUGUGGUAGCAAGUGUAAAUAACAUCUUUGAAAACAGUCCUGCUACUCAAGAAUCUUUUGAUGAGGUCAUUAAAAAUGCUCUAGGAAACUCCACAGGACUUCUGAGCAGGGCAACAUACACAGCAACGGAUCUGUGUAAGGUGGAGCCAUUACCUUGUGAGGCCUCUAGUACAAAGUGCACAAAUGAGAAAGGCCAAGCUUCUUGCUCCUGUAAAGAGGGAUACAUCUCCAUAGUCUACUCCACCACCAGCUGUAAAGCUUGUCCAAGUGGGCAGCAGGCAGUGGGGGACAAAUGCCAAACAUGUCCAUUUGGGUAUGCUGGUUUCAACUGCAAUGACUCAUCAUUACUGGCAGUGGUGAUCGUCUCCUGUGUGUUAGGAGGACUUCUCCUCAUCCUUCUUCUAGCUUUGCUGGUUUACUGUUGCUGGAGAAGAUGUUCAAGAAACAAACCUGACCACCACACCAGUCCAUACUCUGAGGACUUAAACAAAUCAUGGCCCAUUAGCAUCACCCCCAUCCCACGUGCAAACUCCAACUGGGACUCAGCCGCUUCCAUAGAGAUGACAGAAGGGGGCAGCACCAACAUGCUGGUGGACAAAAAGCGACAAAGCAAUGGCCUUGGGUGUCACCUGAAGCAGAAAGGAUGGAAAAAGUCAGGAUCGUAUGAGCUGAACCCAGAGGAGAUGAAGACCUUCAAAGGUAAAAACACGUCCCGUUACUCCUAUCUGGUCGAAGGGCACGAGAACCCCUACUUCCUCCCUGGUGAUGAGAAGAAAAACUGAGACAACAAACUCCUCAAAGAAAUGAUCAAAUUCUCUGGGACAACUGGUACACUUUCACAGCGGGAUCAGGCUAUUCAUGAAGACAAUUCAUGUAACGAACCUGCUUUGAUAAAUGAAGAAUCAUCAAUAUGCUGAAAAAACCCCCAACAAAAACUGUAACCAAAGGGAUUAAAGUGGAGAUGUUUUUUUUCCUGUUAUUUUCUUAAGUAAAUGUAUGAAUCUUGUCUGCUUUUAAGAAGCACAGCCAGUAGGUGUCAAUGUUGCUUUUUAUUAAUGCAGUUCAUUUUGUCUUAAGAAAUCAUCAUGUAGUAUAUUUUUAUAAUUAUGCUUCCUUCGCUGAUUGCACUGAAAUGUGUUUGUGUGUGUGAGACGUUUACCUCUACCUUUCAAUCGAAGGUGAAUUGAAUCAUGGUUUUUAGAAUGGAAUGACCAGUUCUUAGAAAACAACCUUUAAAAGAUCAAAGGGGCUGGAUCCCUGGCUUGGAUUGUUUUUAAAAAUGUAGCAGUCUAGUGUGGAGGAUUACAGAAUGUGCCUGAAUUAGUCGUCAGUUUUACAAAUAGGAAAUAUUAUGCAACGCUGGUGAUAAAGCCUGUCUUUUGGAGGUGCCAAUUGCCCAUUGUAUAACUCUUUAUUUUUUUUGGAGUGGGGGGGAUCUAUACUAAUAUAUUUACCUUUUUGUGAAUAAAAUAGCUACGUUUUGUAUAUAAACUUUUUUGUUUUGUAAAAAUAAUGAGAUUUAUUUGGUUGGGAGUGUGUGUUUGUGUGAGGGCUGAUUGUUGAAAUAAAUUAAUUUAAACAUAAAA